GCGUGUAACGGCUGCGAGAGAUCACGGAACGGCCAGCCACUCCCGAUUUGCGUGAUUGUCAGAGGUAAUUAUCUAAAAAUGUCGAAGAAGCCAGGAGCUACUCAAGCAAUGCAUAAGGUCAUAAUGGUUGGAAGUGGAGGUGUUGGAAAGUCUGCUUUGACGUUACAAUUCAUGUAUGAUGAGUUUGUUGAAGAUUAUGAGCCUACAAAAGCAGAUUCCUACAGAAAGAAAGUUGUACUAGAUGGAGAAGAGGUACAGAUAGAUAUCCUGGAUACUGCAGGACAAGAAGAUUAUGCAGCGAUUCGAGAUAAUUAUUUUCGUAGUGGGGAAGGAUUUCUCUGUGUAUUUUCGAUAACGGAAGAUGAUAGCUUUCAAGCUACACAGGAAUUUAGAGAACAAAUUCUCAGGGUAAAAAAUGAUGAGAACAUUCCAUUUUUGUUAGUGGGGAAUAAAAGUGAUUUACAAGAAAAAAGGAAGGUUAGUUUAGCCGAAGCUCAAGCAAGAUCUCAACAAUGGGGCGUUCCUUAUGUGGAAACAAGCGCUAAAACAAAAGAAAACGUAGACAAGGUAUUUUUCGACUUGAUGCGUGAAAUAAGGUCACGUAAAAUUGAAGAUAAAUCAGCAAGCAAUAGUCGAAGUAAAGACCGUACCAAGAGGAAGAAAAAGAAGUGCAUUAUUCUAUAGGUAUUCUUUGAUUUAAUGAGAGCAAUUGCUGCUCGCAAGGCACAGGAAAACCAAGGAGAUGGGAGUGAACG